ACAAACUAACGAGCGGUAGCUUACAGCAACCUUUUUAACGACUGUAUUUCAUUUGCACAUGACGAAAAGUCAUUGAAAUGUUAUGCUGUUGUUAGCACGUUUAUGUCGUCUACAGCGAGGCCUACUGUUUGUUAGACUUUUAGUUUAGCGUUUCUCUUUCUCUCGCAGGUAAGAUGCAGUCUAAUGGAGAUAUCAAUGCUUGUCUUCGGAAACUCGAAACUCUCCUGCGGACGAUAAAGUAUCAGGGACAUGUGGACUAUAAUGGCCUUUCCAAAGGGGAUCCCUCCGCUUUCCUACCUAUUGUGAGCUUCACCCUCACCUCCUUCUCUCCACCCUUUGCUAACCAACUGAUGGAGGCUGGACUUGAGCUGACUGGCAAAACGGACCUCCGAUUCACUGACACUCUUUAUAAGGUACUGCGAGAUAUCUUCCACUAUAAGCCCAUACUGACCAAGCAGCAGUUUCUGCAGUGGGGUUUCUCUGUGAGGAAGAUCUCUGUGAUCUGUGACAUCAUUAACUUGGUCCUGCAGAAACACAACCUACUAAAGAAGCCCAGAGUUAGAUGUCCUGCCUCACACAAGGAACACAGAGGAGAAGCCCAUCCAAAUCCGGCUGAUGCAGACACCGUGUCCAAGAAGCCAUUGGUUGAGAACCACAUGGCAGAAGUAUUAUCCCCCCAUAAUGUGACUCAUAUUUCUCAUAAUGAAGUUGACUCGUCCACUUUCCCUGGAGAGGGAGAGCUGGCAGGACAGGGUGUGGACAACGAUGACUUUCUCUAUUCAUCCGAGGUGGAGGGGAGGCUGUCAGCGCUGGAAGCUCAACUGGGGAGUGUGGUGUGUGUGCUGGACCGGCUCAGUGUGCUGGAGACACGCAUGGAGGAACUUGACCAACACAGAAACACAGUCAAGGACGAAGGACAGCUCGUCACCUUAUCCAGAAAGAGCUUGGAACAUCUGAUGAGCAGAUUGCUGUUAUUGGAAACUAAAGUAGAUCUGAACAAUAUACAGUUAAGUGUCCCGCCGCAGUGUCCAUCCUGUCCAUGUGACUCUAACGACUCAUCCAGCUCCAUGUCUGACGCUUCAAAGGCUGAAGAGCACCUCCAGUCUGCUGAAGAACACUGAGUCCUCCAGUUUGUGUUGAAUCACCAGCACAAUGUUGGAGUACUUUAUCUUCUGACAUGUUCCUUAUUAAACCUAAUGAUCAGCAUUUUGUGUCAAUCAACUUGAUCUGUAACUUCUAUUGGCCUCCUGUACUUCUGACAAGCUCUAAGUGAGGAAGAAAUCCGGUCACAAGCCCUGGCUGCGAGGCCUUGGCUGAGAGAAAACGGGCCAUUCACAAAUAAAUGCUCUAUUUCCCAAA